GAGAUUGGGUCAUUCAACAGAAGAAACUUCCUUGUCCGGCCCGCACAUAUAGGCUAGGGGGGAAAUGUAACAACAUUCACAUCGGCUGUCCGAAGGAUAACCGUUUUCGCACUGCUAAACAUGUACACGUGAAGACACAGACCGCACUAUCGUAUUGGUCUAUCUCAUUACAAUAAAAUAGUAAGAGUAGCCUGUGAAGUUGCAAUUGCUGUUGGCUAAGUAUAUAAUUGGUACAAAUGGAGAGACAACUGGUAACGUUCGUGGAUCGGGUCAAAUCUGGCGGUGGUAUCUCAGACGAAAUAUCAUCUGAAUACAAUAGUAUUCGAGCUCAGACUGCUGACAGGAAGCAGAGGAGCAGCUUCACGACGGAGGCCGGGGGCUUGAAGGAGAACAUCAAGAAGAACCGUUACAGGGACAUCUUGCCCUAUGACCAGACGCGUGUUCGACUGGAGCCACUGGAAAACAAGUUUGAAUCGGACUACAUCAAUGCCAGCUUCAUCCAGGUAAUGCUUCAAAUCAAUAUCAAUGCCAGCUUCAUCCAGGUAAUGCUUCAGAGCACUAUCAAUGCCAGCUUCAUCCAGGUAAUGCUUCAGAGCACCAUGAAUGGCAGCUUAAUCCAGGUAAUGCUUCAGAGCACUAUCAAUGCCAGCCUCAUCCGGGUAAUGCUUCAGAGCACUAUCGAUGCCAGCUUCAUCCAGGUAAUGCUUCAGGGCACUAUCAAUGCCAGCCUCAUCCGGGUAAUGCUUCAGAGCACUACCAAUGCCAGCUUCAUCCAGGGUGCAACACGAAAUAAAAGAUACAUUGCCACCCAGGGACCUCUGAGUCACACUCUAGGGGAUUUCUGGAGAAUGCUUUGGCAGUAUAACGUAAAGGUCAUAGUGAUGGCCUGUAGAGAAAUAGAAAUGGGAAAGAGAAAGUGCGAGCGCUACUGGGCUGCCCACUCGGAGACGUCCACCUUCGGCCCUUUCGUCGUCACAAACCUGGAAGAAGUUUGCCCAAAUGAAGAAGUGGUCGUACGGAUUCUGCAGGUGAAAUACCAGGAUGAAAGCCGGACUCUCUCCCAGUUUCAGUACACUGCUUGGCCGGACCACGACAUUCCUUACACGUCGGACGGAAUUCUGGGAAUGAUGGACAUGCUCCGGAAGGUGCAGGGAACGGACGCCGCCCCGAUUCUCGUUCACUGCAGUGCUGGCUGUGGAAGGACUGGGGUGAUAUGCACAGUAGACUAUGUGCAUGAUCUUCUACUGACUCAGAGAAUCACCGAGGAUUUCAGCAUCAUGGAGAUCGUGACGGUCAUGCGGACGCAGAGGCCGUCGGCGGUUCAGACCAAGGAGCAGUAUGGGUUUGUGUACCACACUGUGGCUCAGAUGUUCCAGAAGCAUCUACUGGCCCUGUGCAACAACAACAAGAGCCUGGCUGAAAACCUCCGGCCUCUCUACGACAAUGUGGAGUCCGUGAGCAGACAGCAGCCCCAGACACAGCCGCACAGAGCCAGCAGCGUCCAGCCGAGAAGUAGACCCAGCCUGGUGCCCCAAAGGCCCCACUCCGGGCAGCCCAAGAUGAACGACACGUACGCCGUCAUCAACAAGCCCAAACAGAGGCCGGUGGCGGCCUCCACUCCUUCCCUUCCCACUCGCUCCCCCCCGCCCGCCGUCCAUCACUAUGACAACGCGGGCCUGGGGGCGCCCCUCUACAGCAAGGUCAAACCGAAGAGCCAUCGCGGCAGCGGCGACAGUGGCGGUGGCGGCCGCGGCCCCCCGACCCAAUCCGUCUCGCCCACCUACGACCGAGCCCUACCGCAGUACCCCGGAGGGGCGCAGGCCUCGCCUGCGGCUGACCACGGGGACUACGAGCCCCUCCCAGGGAUUUUCAGCUCGUCCAGCAGAAAUUCCAAGGUUUCUGACAUUCCUAAAAUCAGAAAACAAUCUGAGGAUUUAAACUCAACAGACGAUGACUACGAAUACGUUUCAAACCCCAUCAAAGGCACAGCUGGCUACUCCUCUCCUGGCGGUAUGGGGUUCAACUGCCGAAUCAAGAAGCCGAAAGGACCGCGAGACCCGCCGGCGGAAUGGAGCCGGGCUGAGCGUUAGCGCGUGCGCUAAUAGCGGGCCACCCAUCCGGUCCAAUCCGCCCAAGCGAUUAAACCGUUCGCGGAAUGUCAAGGAAACCGAAUUAUUUCUCGACUCAAGAGAAGGAACGACGAGACACGCUAUGCGGGUAAAAAAAAAGUGACGGUUACGGCUCAGAUUGCGUGAAAUGUGUCAUUCCACCGGAUGCCUUGUUCGUGUCAGGACGCACCUGGACGUGUGCGUCUGGUGGGAUAUUUAUUUUAUGUACAGCGUAAGAAUAAUUUAUUCAGGAUUUUCUUAGCAACGAUUUUUAAAAAAUGCAAUGGCACUGGCGUGACGUUAUUAAGCAAAUAAACCACCGCUAUGCUUACAGGACAUAGCCUACACGUGGUGUUUUAGGUAAAAAUCUAAUGCAUUGUGUGCCAGAUCUGCCGUUAGAGAAUAAAUGGAAAAUCAGUAGAAAAGAGAAGGCAGGAAGAGUAGAUAGUUUUAUCAAUGAUAGUUAUUUCUGAGGAGUUUCUCCAGUGCAGCUUUUUACAUUUAAUUGUGCUGUCUUUGGUAUGCAAAGUUUGGUUCAGUAACUUCUAAUUAUAUGAUGUGCAAAGCACAUUGUCCUCCAGUGACGCUUGACCAUCGUACCAGAGCAUUAGAGGGCAGUUCAGACUGUACCAUAAUGGAACGAAUCUGCAAACACACUGAACUUGUAGGACCCCAUCUAAUCCACAAGGGGGCACUGUGGAAGUUUGAAAUCUGGGACAGGAAGCAAAAAAAAAAAACAACUAUUCAAAAUAUGUAAAUUUGUUGCUUUUCUGUUUAAUUUUGUAAAUGAUCAUGGCUAUUAGGAUGCAUAUUGUCAGAGUGCAAAGGCUAUGGCCAGGUGAAUGUAAAGUUUUUCUUUAUACAUGAACUGACAAUAAAUGAUCUGCUAAAGCUGA